GUCUCUAACCUAUGUUCAUCACCUUAUCACCAACAGCAAACAAGAUUUGAAACAAUGUCAGAGUCUAUAUUGAAGAGAAUCGAUGAAAUGGGAUCAAGAAUAGAUGAUUUGGAUAAAUCGAUUAGUGACUUGAUGCAUCAAGCUAACCUUCAGCAGCCAAAUGGAACUGCACCAACGACUACCACAACGACAAACACCGCAGACUCAAACAGCCAGCAACAG